AGAGAGUGCACUGUUAAAGGACAGAAGAGUGUUAACAGCCAGCAUAGGUAGAUCAUCGGACAAACGCUGCAGCUACAAGUCAGAACAGAAGGAAGGAGUGAGAAACGGAUAGGCAGGUUCACAGGAGAGGAGACAAGCGGAGUUUAGCAGAGGAGGGUUGUGGCUGUUUGGGCAACAGGACCUUUGGUAGCCAGGAAGAGGGCAGCCAAGCCUGAGGAGAUGCUGUGAGGAAGAGUGCCAAGUGAUGGAGCUCGAAGCAGUCAGCAGGCGGGCACAAUUAGUCAGAAUGGAUGACCAGGACAGAGUAAGCCAAGCAUCCAGCGUGGCCACCAUUUCCUACUUUCCUGUCAUAAAGGAAAGCAAUGGAAAGCUACAAACAUUUGGGAAAAGAUGUCAGGCUGCCAAGAGAGACCCCAACUGCCCUGUGGUCAUCAGAGGAUGGCUCAACAAAAAAGACAGCUCUGGUUUGAAACUAUGGAAGAGAAGGUGGUUUGUCCUCUCCAACUUCUGUCUGUUUUACUAUAAAGACAGUAGAGAAGAAUCUGUGCUGGGCAGCAUCCCACUGCCAAGCUACAAAAUCCUGUUCUGCACGCCACAAGAAUGCAAGAACAGAAAGUUCACCUUCAAGGUGGUACACCAGGGAAUGCGCUCUUAUUUCUUCAGUGCUGACACUCAGGAGGACAUGUUGGGUUGGGUCCGAGCCCUCAGUCAGUCUGCUGCAAUGGAGCCAAACUGCUCCCUGAACAGGCGUUGCUCAAGUUAUCAGGAUUUCACACAGAUGGGUGGCAGCAGUGAAUCGGUGGACUUCCCUAAACCCCCCUCUGAUGGGGAGGGUCCCUCCCAAAGACACAGGCACAUCAGCAGGACUCUGAGUGAACAGAGUCAUCUCAGGAUGGGGACAUCACACUCAGAGCAGAGGGGGAGGCGGAGUGUGCGUCAGAGAAACAGCAGAACACCCAGCCCGUCUGGGCUUAGCAGAAGAGCCUGUGGUCCACACCAAGAGGAAGACUCUCUUCCUGACCAAAACACACCACCACCCACUCAGACAGAGAUGAUGCGUUCAGGUUCUUUAACCUCAAGAGGUCAGCUGGGCUCACGACCUCAUACACCAGUGGGAAGGGUUGACAUUCGACCUCACGAUGAUUCGGGCAUGUUGCCACAAACCCUGUACUACGCACCUGCCUCACCUAACCUGGAGUUCAAAUCCACUCCUAACACUCCAGUCACGGAGAGGUGGCAAAACCUAAGCAAGCCUAUACCUACCUAUGGGUCUGUCCAUCAUAUCUCAAGUGGGAGACGAUCUUUAGGAAAGAGUUACUCCACAGGGGCACAUGCAGACUUACUGCCCCCUUUACCCCCCUCAUCGAGAUCCGCACAUGCUCCCCACCCCCCACACCACCACCACCACCACCAUCAUCACCAUCACCGCAGCAAUUUAUCUGUCCGUGUGCUUCCGCCAGCUAUGGUCCAGAAGCCUGACCCGAGGGAAAUCCCACCAAUCAGGCCUCUUGAAAGUGAUGCAGACGUUGUAUUGACGAGGUUAUGUGGGUGUGACAAGCUGCUCCAGUCUCUGUCUGUAGAACUGGCCCAGCUACAGAUGGAUAAGGACAGCGUCCAGUGUGCAUUAGAGGUGUCCAGACUGCAGCUGGAGGAGUGGAAAAGUCAGGGGCCCAGGGCCCAGGAAGAAGCACUGACCCAGAAGGCUUUGCUCCAGGAAGAGCUGGUCACAAUCCGGGCCAGAAUGUGUGAUGUAUCACUGGAAAUGGAGAGGGUGUGGAGUCAAUAUGAGAGAAUGGAGAGUGAAUUGUCAGUUAUCCGUUCACACCUUCAGCAUGUCUGCAACUUUGGAGUGCCACAGGACCAGUCUCAGGCCCAGAGAGAGCUGUGGAUGAUGGAGGACAUCCUAGCUGGACUAAAGAUCAACAGGGAUCACUUCCGCUUCCUGCUGGGACUACAGAGGCAUCACAUGUUCCAGCCGACAUCUCCACAUCCUGGAUCCCCUGGCUCUCCCACAGAGAGGCUGCAGAGUGGACUGCCAAUGGAUGUGGAACAAGAGCCACCACUUCGCCCACCGUUACCCCAGGAGCUACAGGAAAGCCACCAGAGCAGGGAUCAGGGCUGGACAGAGUCCCCUUAUGAGGGAAUCUACAGCCACACUGUUGAGCCUGUACAGAGAAGAGGAAACAGCCAGCCUGACCUCCUUAAUGUGAAAGCAGCGAAAGACUCGUUUGAAUCUGGUUCAAAGUGGAUCCCACCAGAUGCAUCAAACCAAUCAACCAAGAAGAUGAAGAUGAGUGAAGAAGAGCAGAUUGAGCGGAUAAAGAGGAACCAGGAGAGGUUGACCAAUAGGAAGAAACCCCCCAUACCUACUCCAUGUCAAAGUUCAGAGACAAGAGAGGAGGCCCCCUUUCCUCUAAGGGUGACACGAGUUGUUACAGCUGUAUUGCCGUCCUCUCUUAUGGCCAGACGGGUUUCUGUUGAGGAUCCCCCGCCUGAGCUCGACAACCCACUGCCCGAGCAGAUCCCGCCUGAGAUGCAGCAAAGAUUGGCCGAGCAGAGUAAAAAACUGUUGAGCAAGACACCCAGGCAUUUGUUGCUGGAGGGUCCUGAUCAAAAGCAGCCCUCAGUAGAGAUGCACCAGGAUCAGCCCGUUAAAAAGACAAACAGGCAGCAGCUGCAUCAGGGAAUAUUGAGGUCCUCCAAGAAGGAGUCACAGUCAGAUGCGAGCAGAGCCGAGCCCACAGAGACCUCAAGGAAUCAAGUUGGAGACCAAGCAAGUGUAGGAAAUGAAUACGCGAGCUUGGACGACAGGACGGAUGAACGGCCCUCUGCCCUCCUGACCCCUGACAUGGAUCCUGAGCGCUGUCUGACCCCUGAGCAGCGAGAGGCCAAACUUCGUCGUGUGGAACGAAUACGGGAGAGAGUCAUAAGAAGCGCAGUCAGACAGAAUGCCACAACACACGAUCAACUGCCAAUCAGGGGGGAUGGGCAGGAAGUUCAUCAGGUACCCCCUGACACAGCUAGAAAACAAAGGAUGAAAUCAGACCGUCGAUCCUACGAUGGCUACGGAAGCUGCGAUCACAUCAGAGGACCUUCAGAACUUCAUCUUUCUAGUGGAACAUCUCAAGAUGAAGAUGAAAGAGACGGACAUGUGAAAAAAUCUAAAAGUCAAGUCAAAUUUGGGAACAAACCACAACACAAAGUGCACAGUGGAAGAACAGGGGUUGCCAAAACUAAUAUCAAACGUCCAGCUUCACCCUAUCACAUCUCAUCUAUGACUGUCUACCAGAAAGAUGGAGGCAAGGAAUUUACAAGUUGCAAGGAUGGAGAGGAGCAAAAGCUCGAAGAACCUGCCGCCGAUGAUAAUGAAAGCGAUUUUCCAUCCUCUGAUCUGAGAACCAAGUGGUUCCUCUCUACCAACCAGUGGCAGGGGUUCAUACCUUUGCAGAUCCCUGGCAUAGACUCUUUGUGCAUUGAGGAGAUAUCAGACAUCGAGAAACAACCGGCAUGCUCUGACGAUCUGACUGAUUUCAAUGCGAUCUCAUCCGCAGUCAGUGAAAGCUUAGAAAAAAUGAAAAAGAAUCAUUCCCUCUUCUAUAAGAUCGCAUGUGACAUUAGUAUUUCAGACACCGAUAUUACAAAGAAUGAUGGGAAUCCAAGUGCCCAGACGUCAUCCAGGCCAGAAGAAGGAAAAGAACUGUUGAUCACUGAAUCUGUGCUGGACAAAGCAACCUAUAAUGUUGGGAGAUCUUAUAACCAAGAGAACAAGGAUUCCAGCCUCCAUUUGUCAUCAGAUGUUAAUGAAAAUAGUCUCUCAAUUAAUGAUGAACUCCAAGAUUCAACCCAGGACAAAGCAGCGUUAAAUACUUCAGCCAGUCCAGCAAAAGAGGCUUGUGUGAAUGAAGAAAUCCCUCAAAAAGAAUGUGAAGACACCUCAAGGCAAGACAGCCAGUUGGAAGUUAGAGAAACUGUCCAUGGAGCUUCUGUUCAGGACACAGCUUCUGAUCAGGCCCUGGAUGAAUAUACAAAGACGAGAGAAGAACAAAGUGGGGAGAAAGAGUCAAAAGACAGGAAGGUGGAUCAUGAGAUAGGUGAAAAGCCGAAGAAACGUCGUAGUUUAAGUGAGGAGAACAAAGAGACCGUCCAAGAAGGAGGCAACAACCACUCGAUCACUCCAUCCAGCUCUGUGUAUGAGGGCGGAAGUGUGAUUCGGAGUGCCUCUUUCCGGAAAGCACGAGUUACAGUAUUAAGGACAAGUUUGUAGAGGCAAGAAUUGCAAAGGCUUAAGGGGCUUAAAGUGCUCAUAUUGUGCUUCUUGGCUUUUCCCCUUUCCUUUAUUGUGUUAUAUAUCUUUUUGUGCACAUUAUAGGUUUAAUAAGUGAAAAAGCCCAAAGUCCAUCCCAAAGGGACUUACCAUCACCAACAGAAAACACUGUAUAUAUAUAUAUAUAUAUAUACAAACGUGCGUCACUUUGUAACACCACUUUGCUCACCUAGUUGCUAGCAUGGAACUCCCUCAUGCUCUGCAACUGACUAGCAAGCAGUACUUACUGCGCAUGUACGACUCCCAACAAAGAUGGUAGCUAAAACAGAGAGCUCAACACACAGGGUGAAAAGACGAUCUGCAGUACAACAAAUAUAUGGUGUUUUCUGAAAAUUAAACCACAGAAACCUAUUCUGGUACAAAAUGCAAUUAUGAACCUGAAAAUGAGCAUAAUAUGAACACUUUAAAUAAACGAAUUUGGGAAGGACAAGAAUACAGUUAAGUGAUUUAUAGUAAAGUAAAAUGUUUGAGAAGGACGUUAAGUGUUUGAAGAAAUGUGGACCUUAUUUUGGAUUAGAAAUGGUAAAAUGGGAACAUACAAUGUCAGGAAUAGUCAUAAUCUUUGGUAAACUUGAACAUUUCCAUUAUACAUAAUAUAUGGUUUGAAAUGGAUGCAGAUAUAAUCAAAAGUCUUACGAAUAUUUCAAGAAAACAAAAACCAUGUGUGAAAAUGUAGUGUUGCUCUUGAAGUUGAUAGUAAACACCAAAUACCUUAUGUAUAGUCAAAAACAUGCCAAGUAUUUGAGGUUAACUCUUUCAUUCCUCUCAAAACAUGCAUCUAACAUGACAGAAAUUAUAAAUGUGAUUGCUGCUUGCGGAUGGCACCAUAACCCUGUUUUUGUCACUGUAACAAAAUGUGUUUUGUAUCUCAAAUAUCCUGAUUAAUAAACAUGUUGUGCGCUACAUUGAGACACCAACUCCUGCUUUACAUGUACAAGAAACACAUUAAUGUUCUCUCAUUUCAUACAUCCUUUUUUUAAUUGCUCAAUAAACGUCUCCCCUGGG